AUGUCCAAUAUGCGAUAUGUAAUUUCAACAUAGGCUGCUAUAUGGUCCCCGCGAAAUCUCCCAUCCACUGCAGACCUCCCCAUCCCCACCAUAUAUUCCUUACCAAAAGCCAGUAUUAAAACUUUCCACGUCACUGACAAUUUAGCAGUUGCCUUGACAGAAAAAGGAAAAUUAUGAGAAUUAAAAACCAAAGAGGAAGAAAGCAAAGAUACCAUAAGGCGCAUUAAAGUCCCAAUUGAAGUAAAACAAUUAUCAAUAAACGAAAACGCAGGACUUUUUAUAGGCAAAACAGGCGGCGUCUACGUAUGAGGAAAAGACGUCAAUCAAGAUGGGAUUUUUGGGAUCCCAAAUUUAUAUGAAAUUCCAACCCCAACCCCAAUUGACCUACUUUCUGAUGUAUUUGCCGUCAAUGGAGCUAUUGGGACAAGCCACGCUGCCAUUAUUGACAGAAUUGGGCAUCUUUAUACAUGGGGAACUGGCGAUUGCGGGCAGCUGGGCUCUGUCGCUUUUUCUUGUUACAGCCAGGAGCCGACACUUGUGGAGAGUGCCAAAAUUUUCAGUGCUAAACAGGUAAUUUGUGGAGAAAGCUUCACAUGUAUCUGCACUGGAGGAGGCUAUGUAUAUUUAUAUGGGUCGAUAGGCACUUGUCAUUCUAAUGCAAAAGGAGCGCCUCGCCAAAACUUGUUAAGAAGCUUUUCCCCGACAUUUAAAAAGGAUAAUACAGGAAAUUACCCUUAUACUUUGCCAGAGCUUGAGCAUCAUUUUACAACUCAAGUUACAUCAGGCAGUGGCUUUAUUUCAGUGUUGACUGACACAGGGGAGGUUUUUACUUUUGACGAAUGUAUGGACCUAGUCAAGAUGCCAGCAGGAUCGAAAAGUACAGUAAAAAUAAUUUCGAGUACCAAGAAUAUUAUAUAUGGAAUUGCAAAAGAAGACGGAGAAGAUGUGCUAUAUGAGUGAAGGGAAAGUUUUCAAGAGAGACUGAGCAGCUAUGAGCUUUUAGGCUGCAAUUUAGUGAACUGGACAGGCAGGAUAUAUAUUAUUGAUGAAAUGUUUUCGAAAUUCCCAACACUAGGUAACUCUAUAGGAAAUUAUAUGAGCAUAAUUUAUGAAUUUGAAAAUAAUGCGCCCAUGAAGCCGGUUGGAAAAUACUUGUCAACAAUGAUGCCUUAUAAAAGGUCAGAAUAUGCUAAAAAACUGAUAAGUUCUGCACAAGAUUCGCUAGAUAUGAGGAUUAUAAGCCCAAUUCCAAGUCCGAGGUUUGGGGAGAGGUCUGGAGCUGUAUCUCCAACUUAUUUAUCCCAAGGAAGUCCUAUACCAAACUGUCAUAAAAGUUAUGAUGAUUUGGAAAGGCUUUAUCCGACUGGAGAUAACACAAAAACUAUCGGAGCAAUUGUGAAAUGCAGAAUUGAAUAUGACGCCAGAGAAAAAAUAUUGAGGGCGUUCCAGCCGGUUGUAUUGCCAAUAGUGGAAGAAUUUAUGCUGACUCCUCCCGUCUUUGAUCGAACGAUUCCAUUGAUAAAUUUCUAAAAUUGAAAAAUUAAUCCCCAUCCUUGAUCGAACUAUUUGCAUAUUGUAAAUUUUUAUAUACAGUGUGGAAAGGGGAAACUAAAAUUUUUAAAUUAACACAAUUUUUCUUUUUAAUAGUUUAAUAUUUACUAUUUUAACCCAUAAAAACAAUAAAAAUAACAUUUAUUUUUUCCAAAAAUUUAUUAAAACCCACUCUUUGAUCGAACGACGAGGGGUUUGUUCAAUCAAGGAUGGGGGGAGUGAGACUAAAAGAAUACGGCUUUAUGAUAAUAAUGUAUAAGCGGACUAUAGCAGCUACCACGAUCCCUAAUAUAAUUAUCAAAAUAUUCCAAAGGUUUCAUGUAGUCUCUUUAUCUUCUGGAUUUCAAGCUAUCAGAAAUUUUUCGAAUAAAAAAUUAUUGAAUAUGAUAGAAAUUCAGAGAAAGGAAAUAAAUUCAAAAAUCAAAAGGGAAGAAGCCGUCAAAAGCCUCAGCUAUGAUUUAGGGAAAAUAUUUUUAAAAAGGAUACAGCACGGGUUUAGCCAGCUGAAAAAGCUUGAAAUGAUUAAUUAUCAGCAAAGAUGUGCGGCUUUAUCCCUUAAACAAUUUAUUUCAGAAAUUGUGUAUUUUGAGCUGAAAAAAGCGUUUUCGGAAAUAAAAAACCAAGAAAUCAUUCCAAAAAUUAAAUUGGAGACGCAUAUGAAGGAAGUUCAGAUACAAAAAGAAGACAGUACUAAAAAAAUAUGCAAGGUGCUGAAAAAGAGGCAAAAUUCCAAUCUUUUAGAAGUUUUAAGAAUUCUAAAGCAUCUAGAUUGGAGUCUUGUAGACAAGAGGAAUGCAGUGGCAAGGUUAGACAGCACCUUAAAGGGUAUUUUUAAACGCAUAACCAAUGACCAUUUUACAGAACUUAAAGAAAUUAAUUUUUCCUCAAUGCAAAUAGAAAAAAAAGAAAUUGGAAUAAGCAUGGUUCUUGAAGAAAAUAUUAGAAAUUUUGAUGGAAUUUUUAAAAAAAUGCUUAUUAGGCAGCUUCAGUAUGGAUUUGGCUUGUUGAAAAAUUUGAAACUGAAAUUUUAUCAAGAAAAAUGUUCCCUUCUUUCACUUAAACAAAUUUUAUCUGAAAUUGUUUUCUUUACUAUUCGUAGCGCAUUUGCCGAAAUGAAAAACUUCGGAUAUUCUUUAUCAAUAAAUAGUGUCGAUAUGCAAAGCAAAGAAAGCAACGCUAAUUUCACCCAAGAAGAAGUAGCCAAAAAAUUAGCCUUAUCUCUAGAAAAAAUUAGCCUCAGGGCACGUCAAUUUGGUUUCAGCUUUUUUAAAAAUGUGCAGCUAAACUAUUAUCAAAAAAAAUGUGGAAUUUUAUCAUUUAACAAUAUUUUCAGAAAAACUGCAUAUGCGAAUAUGAGAAUUGCGUUCGAUAAAUUUAAGGAUAAUAAAAUAAGCAAAAGCCGUCAUGUUUUAUUGCUCAGGCACGCUAAUAGCGUACUCUUGGAGCUGGCUCAGAGCAGUAACCAAGCCUUUUGCCAUUUCUGCCACAUUCUGACGAGCUAAACUCGAUUUGGCAAACAAAUCUACAAUGGCUUGGUUUUGUCAAGUCGAGUUUAGCUUGCCAAUGAAGCAGACAAACAACAGGCUUGAUAUGCUCAAAGCGAGCUACAAGGACCCGCUAUUACCCUGCCCUUUGCUAUAUUGCAAAGAACAGUCAGAAGCCUUAAAAAAGCUCGACGUAAUCAUAUGAAAUGCCAACAUGAACCAAGCUGACUAUGGAUUUCGACAAUUAAAAAAUUCAGUCUACUCCCAUCAAAGGCAUAUUGCACUGCCAUCAAUGCAAAUCCUCAAAAUCGAAAACUUAGAGCAGCAUCCUUCUUCCAAGUCUUAUGAUUAUAUGAACGAAUAUUGAAGAAGCCAUAACAGUACUCCAGGAAUAAAAAAUAAUCCUAAAAAAUUAAAAUUUAUAGUCAAAAAAAAUGAGAGACCGCCCUGGAAGCCCACAAGUAUAUCAUCUGGGUUUGUGCCAAUCAGAAAAGUUGAUGUAAGUCCUACAAGUCUGAGGCUAAAUUAUGACAGUGAGCUUAAGGUAAGAAAACAAAGGAUACAUGAAAAGAAAAGCAUAAUGCAGGUACAGUCAGAGGAAAACUCUUGCAUUAAGACUAAUAUUACGAGGAGUAGGUUUAGUAAGUAUGAAAAUGAUCCAGUGUUCCAAAACUGCAUAAAGAAUUUAGAAAGCGGAAGAUGGAGGGAACAAGUUAAUUAA